AUGCUGCCUUUGGGGUUGUUGCGCCAGGCGCGCAAAAUCAUCAGCCUGAACCUGCUGCUGGUAUGCGUGCCACUAGGCUUUAUCGCCUCGGCGUCUUCCUGGAGUCCCAUUGCCAUCUUUCUCUACAAUUUCCUCGCCAUCAUCCCACUAUCAGGGUUGAUAUCGGAUGCGUCAGACACCCUCAGCGAACGUUGGGGAGGCAUGCUCGGUGGACUGGUCGGACUGCUCGCCAUCACCCAGAACAAUGUGAGCGCCGCGCAAUCCGUCAUGAUGGGCAGCAUCCUCAACGACAUUCUGCUGGUGCAGGGAAUAUGCAUCAUCGUCGGCGCCCGCUCCAAAGGCGUCAUCGUUGUCAACUCUGCCCUUGUCGACUCGCUGUCCUCACUGAUGCUUGUGGCAUCCAUGGCCAUGGUCCUGCCCACCGCUCUGUACGCCGCCAUCCCCAACCCAGACAGCAAGGGCUCAGGCAUGAGGCAGCGCAUCGUCUCCUUUAGCCGCGCGACCAGCAUCGUACUGCUACUCAUCUAUGUAGCGUACCUAUAUUUUCAGCACAAGACGCACCGUUCACUAUUCGACGACCAGGAAGACGAUGACGACUCCGAUGCUACCCAGUCCAGCGAUCACCUCAUCCCCACUCCAUCGCCGUCCCAGGACGUGGCCGCGCGAGACUGCGAAAGCGGUGCGGACCUGGACAACAUCCCCUCCAUGCGCGAUGUCUCAGUGAUUAUCCUCACCCUGGUUCUUAGCUCUCUCGCCAUCGGUGGCUGCACAUAUAAUAUCAUGCAGAGACUAGGCGAUAUUGUGAAAGCAUUCCAUGUGAGCCAGACAUUCAUCGCCUUGGUCAUCAUUCCACUCGCGAGCAAUGCCUCCGAGAUGACACAGGUCCUGGCGGCGGCCAAGAAGCAAAAAAUCGACUUUGCCAUUGCCGUCAUUGUGGGCAGCAUUUUGCAGAUUGCCCUCUUUGUCUUGCCCGCCCUUGUCAUCAUUGGCUGGUUCAUUGGUAGCAAGAUGGAUCUGUACUUUGAAAUGUCCCAGACUUGUGUAUUGCUAUUUGCCGUUAUACUGGUAAACCAGGUUCUACAAGAUCGGCAAUACACGUACCUUCAUGGCAUGAUGUUUCUUUGCGUGUAA